GCUUUGAAUGUCAUUGGCUGGAAGCAAUAGCGUGUAGACCAAUGGCUGCCGCACAUUUCAAACUGACGCUUGCGAGGAUAAUUUGAAUGUAUUGAAUGUGCUGCAGAGGAAGAGAACGAAGAAGUGGCGGUGGAAGUCCGUGUAUGUACGUAGCGCUGCUCAUCGGAGCCGGGAUCGCCCAGCAGCAAACAUGGAGAUCCAAAACUGUAUGCAAAUGUUUGAAGCAUACAUUCAGGGAUAUAAAGGCGAUGACCCUCUGGAUCAAUGGGACAGGUAUGUUGUGUGGGCAGAAGAGACUCUCCCGCCACAGGAAAAGCGGCACAUCCUGUCAUUAUUGGAACGCUUGGUUCGGAACUUUAUAGAUGAUAAGAAGUACUGCAAUGAUGAGCGUUACAUCAAACACUGCAUCCGAUUUGCUGAAACUAUCAGUGAGCCUAUACAGUUCUUUGAUUACCUGUACAACCAAGGAAUAGGUAACCAUUCUGCUGCUCUGUAUAUAGUCUGGGCUCAGCAGCUGGAAGCUAAGGGAGAUAUGGACAAUGCAAGAGUCCUCUACCAUAAGGCGUUUGAAAGCUCUGCACAUCCUAAGGAUCUGCUGGAACAUAACUACAGAGAUUUUCAGAUGAGGAUUGCUCAAAAGAAUCCACCAGAUCGAGGAGCUCUUUCUGUGCAGCCGCUAAGAGAUUCCCAGAUUAUAAAUCAGAUGGCACCGGCAUCUGAUACAGAAUCCUUGUCACAUGGCAAAUGUCAGAACACUACAGGAAUUCCGAAUCCAAUUGUGAAACCAUCUGAAGUGCCCCUCUGUUCAUUUGAGUCCAGGAUGAAUAAAUUGGUCACCAUCUCCAAGUCGGCAGUAGUGCCUCACCCUGCCUCAUCUUCAUCCUCCGAAUUCAAGCAGGUUACCAUGUACUGUAAGGACAAACUCUUCUGUGGGGAUUCUGAGCUUUCACUGGAGGAGUUCAGAGCAAGUAUCUACAGAAAGAAAUAUGAGCAGCGCAGGAAGAUCCAGCAGUUGGAGGAAGAAGAGAAGAAAGCUAGAAAGGUCAAAGAAGAAGCCGCUCUCCAUGAACAUAUGUUAAAGCAGAAGAUGGAGCAACUGAGCAGCCUGUUAAAUGUACAGGGAGCUGCAUGUCAGCAUGCUCCAGAUCACAAGGUAAUUAUACAAGCCAUUCCUACAGAGCUGAAAAUGUUGUCAUCAUUGGGACUAGACACCCAAGGUCUUCUGAUACAAAGUGCUCAAGAUGUGGAUCGGUCACAUAUGAGUGCAUCUGGUGAUCACAUUCCUAUUGGGAUGUCUGCUCCUUCUCUGCUGCAGUCCUCAUCUUCUCUUGAAAUUGACUUGAGUACCAGUCAGUCCAAACCUGCUCUCGCUGUUCGCCAGGUGACUCCUCUCGCUGUCCCGGGACUGGAUCAGCAUGCCCACUCCAUAGCGAUUCCCAGACCUGAUACAGAAUCAUGCCGUAUCCAGCCCAUUCUACCAAUAGUGUCACACAAUGAUGUGUUCAUCAAACCAGUGUCUGUGCCGGAGAAAUCAGCAUCUUCCUUCCCGGAUGCCCCCAAACCUUUAGCCCUGAACUCUAGUGGCCAUGUGGUGAAAUUACAACCUGGGAUUAAAGAAGUGACUGUAGUUGGAAACUCAUCUGGUUAUUUAGCAAAUACAUCUCAUGUUACUCCAAACACAUCAAUGGGAUUCAUGCAAGCAACGCCCUCAAAAGUCCUCCCUUCACCAACAGUCAACACAAGGGAAGCACUGGGUUUUAUAAUGGACAUAUUCCAGACAUCUACCCCCCUGGAAGAUGAGGGUGCCAACUUGUCUGAAACAGCUGACCCAAAUAAUCUAGAUAUUGAGGCUUUCUGCCGAAAUGACAAUGAUACAAAUGCAGGGGGCUUCUUUGGCGUACAAGCAGCCGCUCCUGCAGCGUCCAGCGCCUUCUGUAUCUUUGAGGAUGAUGCAAAUAAAGUAAAUGGAGUCAGACCAUUAGAAGUGAACACCUUGGGAGACCGUCCCACACUAAGAAGAACGCUUAAAAGUGAGGGCCAAGGAACUGAAUCGCAGGUAGAGGAUUUGACCAUUUGGGGUGAGCGCUGUAACAAAACUUUGGCCCCAAGCCCAAACAGCACAGGAGACUUUGCACUGGCGGCUCGACUUGCAUCUACUCCUUCCAACAGCAAACCACCUGAUCAAUCCUGGGAGGUCCUGGAGAAUAAAGAAAACGUAGUUGCUACAGGUCAAGACGAUGGCUGUCAUAUAGGUUUUGACUUUUCCGAGGAUAAAAUCGUGCAGGCAUCUAAAAUCCGGAAACUCAGUCCUAUCCAAGAGCAAAGCCCAGAACAAUCUAAAAUACCAGAGAAUGUCCCAGCAGCUUCCUCGUACAGUGCGUUUCCCUCACAGAGUCCAGAGGCUAUGUUGCAGUCUGAGGUGGAACUCACUGGGAAGCGCCUAGAAGCAUGUAAACUCUCAGACACAUUGCACUGCAUUGCACCUAACAUUGAGGAUCCCUGGGGUGUGACCACACAACCAUUCAGUAUAUGUGUGGAGGAAGACGAGCCAGAGGUGACCAUUCAGAAACCCGAACAAGUAAUAGUUAGCAAUGCUUGGGAUGACAAGCUGGUUGCCGAUCUUCUGUCUGCAUUGCCAACACCACUUAGCUCCCUGAGCAAUUACCACCAGUGGCAUACCAAUGUGCCAUCUCUAAGGCCCAAGGUGGACACAAAGCUGGGUUCCCAGCUAUUUCAUGUUGAUCAUCUGCUUGGAGAAGGUGCUUUUGCACAUGUGUAUCAAGCAUCCACAUCGGAUAUUGCAAUACACAACAAUAGACAAGUUAUUCUGAAGGUCCAGAAGCCGGCAAAGCCAUGGGAGUUCUACAUCGGAACACAGAUUACACAGAGAAUGAAUCCAGAGCUGAGGCAUCUCUACAUCAAUUUCCACUCUGCACACAUCUUCCAGAAUGGGAGUGUACUGGUGGGAGAUCUUUUCAGCUUAGGGUCGCUAUUGAAUGUCAUCAAUCUCUACAAGAAGCUGAUUGAUAAAGUGAUGCCUGUGCCGCUAGUAAUGUAUUUUGCCAUCAACUUACUAUACAUAGUCGAACAACUCCAUAACAUUGGUAUCAUCCACGGGGACAUCAAGCCUGAUAACUUUGCUUUGGGAGAAAAGUUUCUUGAUAAUGAUUCCCCCAAGCUGGACCUUGUGUCACAUGGGCUGGCACUAAUAGAUUUUGGUCAGAGUAUAGAUAUGACUCUCUUUCCCAAGGGAACAGCAUUCACAGCAAAAUGUGAUACAUCAGGGUUCCAGUGUGUUGAAAUGCUCACCAGUAAACCAUGGAACUACCAGACGGAUUACUUUGGAGUGGCCGGCACAGUCUACUGCAUGUUGUUUGGUACCUAUAUGAAGGUCCGGGAAGAAUAUGGAGUCUGGAGGACAGAGGGCAAUUUUAAACGAUUGCCAAAUGGAGAAUUGUGGUUGGACUUUUUCCAUACUCUGCUGAAUAUUCCAGAUUGUCACAGCUCAUCUCCCCUUGGAGAUUUACAGAAGGAUCUGACAUCAUCAUUCAUGACCAUCUACUCAAACAAGCUAAAAUCCCUGCUUAAAAGGCUUGCUGUUCUACUCUUAGAGAACAAGUCUUCAAGAAAAUAAUAUUCUACCCACUGAAACAACCCCCAUCGCCCAUCAGAAACUUAUUUUUAAUGGAAAAUUAACAGAAACUCUGGUGAUAAUUUCCAUGUUUUAAGCCAAGGACAAUCUUUAUGUGCUUUCAGAAUAUUUUAUUAAAAUGUUGCAUAAACUUUGUAAUGAAUAUGUUGAAGAUAACAUAUCACUGGAGUCUUCAAGUUCCACAGGAACAUCAAGUAUAAAGCUGAAGAAGUAAUUUUAAACAGAUUCGGCUUUAUAAGAGUCUAGACUGAAACAACUAAUGCACAUUUCUUCUAAACACCUGUUAUACAUUGUUACAGUAUGUACAUAAUAUUGGUUACCUUUCUUGCUCAUCCGGACUUGCAUCUGCUGUACCUGUACAAUACACAUUAUUUUUAGGUCUACUGUUGUGAGAAAUAUUUUGUAUUACUGAGGUAUAUUGUACACUGAUGUUAUUGAGUGACAAAUAUGGGGCUGCUGUGCCAUAAAAAAGCACAACCGUAGCUGCCGCGGUGAUUGUCCUGCAGCCAAUACUGUGUCCUGGAUGACCAUGGUUUUUGAUGAGGAAAACCUACAGUAUAAAUUUUAAUGGAUGACUAGGUUCCAUUGCUAUGGUUAUGUGAUAAAACACAGUCCAUUGAUUCCUACACAUUCUAUUAGAUUUGGUCAUCUAGGGUGAGAUUUAUCAAGGCUUGUAAAGAUGAAGUACUGUACCAACCAA